CUCCCCCGUGUUGAUUGGAUGGGUAAUCUGCACAAACUGUCAAUCAGCUGGUCGUCAUGGAAACAGGCGCUUAAAGUGCUGUGAGUCUCUGAGCGCGGCAGAUCUGUGAGGGGAUUUAUCAACGCUCUUGGAAUCUCAUCACCCCAGACAACCGUGAAAAUACUUUACCUCGUGCUCUGUGCUGUACAGCAUCUCCACAUCUUUAAACUGACAGUAUGUAAGCAGAAAAAACACCCGCUUGUGUAAUUGAUCCGUUAUUACCAGUGUGGACUGCUAUUGACUUUGGUACUGUUUGAUUAACAAUGUCCACACAAGAGACAGAAUUACCCGACAGUCAGGAGAGGGUGGGUUUGAAGAGAAAACUGACGGGUCCUCCGAGACUUUUGCUGGGAAAGUCAAAAUCAAGGGAGAAACUGGAAGGUAAAUCUCAGAGAAGGCAAAGACAAGCUAAAAGUUGUGAUAGCACAGCGGAGAAUAAUGAUCAAGAAAAUUAUGGAAAUGAAUCCUCACUUAUUACCCACCACAGCCCAGAAAAGCCCUCAGAGGAGAAGGAAACCCAGCCAGAUGCUCCAGGAGAUAUCUCAGGAAUUCUUGUAACAUUGGAGCAUAAUGAAAGCAAAGAUGAAAAUAUGGAAAGUAAAACAAAAAUGACCAGAAGCACUUCAAAAACAUCCAUUAAAAGGACGUUUUCCUCACUCCUCAGGUGUGGAAAGAGGGAGGAAUCAGACAGAACAGAAAAUGAGAUUUUGAAUCAUGAAAAAAUGAGGAAAAACAUAAACGAAACUCAGCACAGUAUGUGUAACUCCAUGGAUGAUAAUAAACUGAAUGAUGUAAACAAUGAGGCUCCUAAGGGCAAAAGUAAAAUUAGGGCUUUCUUUAUAGUGUGGCCCCUUUCUAAGAGAUCUACCACAUCCAAUGUCAAUCUUGGAAGGGGAUGUAGAGAGCAAGACAACAGCAUGGUUUAUCAAGAGAUAACGGCACCAAAAGGUUUGACAUUUAAAAAGAUCUCCCGCAUCUUUCCAAGAAAGAAGAAAUCAUCUCAUAUUGAUCAGUUUGAGUACAACGCUCCCAAGGAAUCACAAAAAGAAGAAGCUGAUCAACUGAAUCAAUCACCUGAGGCUGCUUUGGACAUUUCCUGUAAAGAAAAAGAAGAACAAGUCAUAAAAGCGGAAAGCAUUCCAGAGACAUUUAAAUUCAAUGCAGAGGUGAGCGUUAACACACAUAUCGAGUCUGACCACAUGGAUGAGAAGAAGGAAAUAUGUCUUGACCAAGAUGUUCAUUUAAAUAAAGAAGAAAACCAGGUAUUAAAAACUAAUGGUUUUCUGGAAUAUGAGGUUCCUCCAUCAUGUUGCAGUGAGUUUCCAGGCACAUCAUCAGGUGGUGUCUUAAUUGAGAAGCCUCUUAAAAAUGAUGUCAAAUGCAAGCCAGUGAUUACCAUAGAGCAAGCAUAUUCAUCAGAGGAAGAAAACAUGAAUGAGACACCUCAGUUUGAUGGUCUCACAGUGAAUGGAUCCUGGCAACAUUUAAGAAUAAACAGCCUAAAAAUCAACACACUGCGUCCUUCUGACCCAAAUGUGUCUCCAGAACUGGACCACAGCCAUUGUAAUGAGACCUUGCUGAUUCAGACGGCAGUUUCAAUGGUGCAAGCAGCCAUUCGUGGCGCUGUGGAGCAACUCACAAUCGAGCAGCAGCACAAUCCGUAACCACACAUCAUCUGUAUUCUUUAUUUAGCAAAUGGUUUCAUAUUUCUCUAUGAUGGUAUAAAUAAAGCUGUGUUUAACAGAUGGAAAAAAGAGAAAAGGAAGUGGUGUGUAUAAACAAACAAUGGUGAUGUUUAUUAUUGAUGUCUGAUUGUGGAAAAGUUUGUAAUAUUAUGUCUUUUUAAUGAUGUAAGUUCGUACUUGCAUGAUUAACUUUUGUCAUAUAUUCAUUAAUAUUACCUUUUGUUGUUCCUAUUUUUUAUGGCAAUGUCACUGCAGUCAAGUUUCUGUAGCAUUGAACAUCCCACACGACUCCGAGAAGGCAAUAAGCCACAUGCUAAUGUGACACUGCCUUCUGUCAACAUUUAGGGCAAUGUUUUUAAUGAAAAUAUGUGGUCUGAGAACCCAGGUGUGUAUAUAGGAUGCUCUUUUCAGAUUUAAAUGAGGCCCUGACUGAAGCCUUAAGUGUAAUUGUUAGAUGUGUAGUCACUGUAUACUGUACAUGUCAAGCUUGGGAGUUACUCUUAAAGAUAAUUACACAGAUUGUGACUAAAUGCUACUCUCUUGUGGCACUGAGAUGUUACUACAAGGUGGUCAAUUAUGGGAUAGUUCAGCAAAAAUGAAAAUUGUCAUGAAUUUACUUACUUUCAUGUUGUUACAAACCUGUAUGAUUUUGCUUCUUCUGGGAAAACUAAAACAGAAUAUAUUAGAUAAUGUUACAACACUUUUUGUCCAAACAGUGAAAGUCAAUGGGGACCAAAACUACACUGAAGUCCAUUUACUUUCAUUGUAAAGACCAAAAAAAAAAAAAAAGUACAAUUAUACACACGUUUGUAAUGACAUGAGAGUGAGUAAAUAAUGACAGAAUUUAAUUUGGGAUGAACAAUCCCCAGUCAGUGCCAAGGAAACCAAUGACAAAUAUAUGACCAAAGCAGAUGCAUUAUAAAACAGUUUAUUCAAUGUGCCAUUUAUUAAAAAAAAACAAAAAAAAAACAAAAACAAACACAUGGUCACGAAUGAAUGGCAUUCAGUGCUGAUGAUGAUUAAAAUCGAAAGGGACUGUUUAAAUGCACUACACAGGUCACACAAUAACACAAAUGCAAGUUUUGCUCUUUUAAAAUACUCAUCACAGUACACCAGCCUCGAUUUUGAGUAUUCAAUUAAUAUAACUGCCAAAAAGUGGUGCUUUGACAGUUCAAAUACAACACAAAGAACAAUGUCUACCAUCAGUUAUGUCUUGGAAGAUGAUAAAUCAUUAUAAAUAAAACAUUUUGUCAUGUCUCAGCUUUUGAAAUAUUACUGAAUGUGCCAUUGCUGUUUUUGUCGAGAAGUGUUAUAUUAGACUUUUACAUUGGCAUUGUCCCAUCUUUGUAGUUAUGUUUUGGUUUAUAAAGUUAGUUUGUUUGCAAACUUAGAUUAUACUCUGUGUUUCAUACACAAUAUAAUCGUGAAAGUCCUUCAACAUAUCAAAAAGCUUUUAGAAAAGUACCAGUUGCACACAUUCAUUUGAUAGAAUAUUCUGAUUGUGUAGAUGUCUUGGACAACUUUGCACAAAUAGGCACUGUUCACAGUUAACUUGAAAAAAGAAAAACAGCUGGAUUUGGUUCCACUGGCUGAGCAAUAGUUUAAGUGCUUUUCUUUACAGAGAUGUUUGGCAAAAAAUGUUGUAAGGCACUGAACCAGUUUCUUAUAGGAAAUUUGAUUUAGGGAAGAAAUCAUUUAGACUCUAUGCUCAGUUUCACUCUUUAGGCCACAACCCAAAAAUAAACACUAAAUAAUUAUGUUAUUAGCUUAAGCUGGCCUCU